AACACUUUCUUAUCUGAGGAUUAAAGUGUAUUGGGCGCGCUUUAGAAGUGAUUCUAAGGUGUGUCAUCGUAUUCCGGAUUCAUCUGUUGUUGGAGUCAUCUGGAAGGAAGAAUGAAGACCUAGAGUUAUCUUCUGGGUGGACUUGGAAGGAGUGUUACAGAAUCGUGAUUAUUUUAAGAACUCUACACAGGAAAAUUACACUAAUUCUUGAGUAUCAUCAUUUGUAUCAUGGCGUCCACUUCUAGCCAUCACCAUCAUACAUCUUCUUUCAGAGGUCCUCUUCCUGGUGAAGCGAAACCUCACUUUUCUCAUCAUUCCUAUAAGUUACCAAGAAUGGUGGAAGGAUUAGCAAAAGGGGUGAAAUAUGCCCUGUUCAUUGCCAACUGUGUCAUCCUCAUAUGCGGCAUCGCGGUGUUUGCCGUGGGAGUAUGGACACUGGCAGACCGUUCCUUCAUGGAACGAUUAUUGGGAACGGACUUAUACGUAAGCUCAGCAUCCAUUUUGAUAGCGACAGGAGUCAUUGUCACCAUCAUCUCCUUUCUGGGAUGCUUUGGAGCUCUCAAAGAGGUUAAAUGCAUGCUUCUAACCUUCUUCAUCAUCCUAUUCAUGAUCUUCAUCGUUAUGCUUGUGGGUGGAAUCUUAGGCUAUGUUUUCAGGAAUGAGGUGGAAAAACAGAUGCACCAAGAGAUGCUCACAACAAUUCCAAUGUACAAGAAUGAUACAGCCGUUACAGAUGCUUGGGAUGCAGUCCAAGAAUACUUCAAGUGCUGCGGUCUAGCAGUGAACUACGACCAAAGCUACGAGAUCUGGAGAAAAAAAAACCGAGAAUUCACAGAAAAGAGAGUUCCUGUUUCGUGUUGUAAGGAAAAGGAUGAGUCCUCUAUCCGAAAUUGCCAGUUUUCUAACGAUCGAACAAAUGUUUAUACUGACGACUGUUACGAGAAGAUGAAAGACUUCGUCAAGGAUCAUGCAUUGAUCUUAGGAGGAAUAGGGAUUGGAAUCUCCUGCGUUCUAAUCGUCGGAAUGAUGUUAUCAUGCGCAUUGUUCCUUAUGAUAAAUUGAAGAGUAAACAAUCAUCCUUCUUCGUUAAAGGCAAAGAAACCAUCGCUAUUUGUGGAAGAUUUAAAGACGAGUUCGAAGAUGUACGCGCAGCUGGUUGAUAUCUGUUUCGGAGAUUGAACAUUUUUCGAAUAGAUUACAUUACACCUAUUGAGUGUUUCUUUGCUCGCAUUUUAUUCCCACAAAAAUUGAGAUGUUUUUUUCUCGUUCAUUCAUGUAAAUAAGAAAUUAUGUUUUUAAAUGGACCUGUUGAUUGAAAUGUUUUUGUUUGCAGCUCUGGCCCUGAAAAUAAUAUAAAAAGAGAGGAACUGCGAUAAUUUAUUUUUGAAAUACAAAUGAUUUGUUUUGUUUCUAGAAUUCUGUUUUUGUAUGAGUGAGUAUCUGUUAUGUCCGCAUUUUAAAAAUGUUCACUUAAAAUAACUGGACAUCAACACUCUGGCUUAUUGUCUCAUCGAGGCUGCAUCAACGUCAUUAAUGAGAGUUCCAUACUGAUUUUCUUCGUCUUGUAGAAAUUAAUGGAAGAAUUUAUUUGUUUUUCGAAAAUUUCCAAGCUUUUUUAAAAGGACAAGAGAUAUGGAAAUUAUUCUUAACAAGAAUAUCAUGAUUUCCUUCUAUAUUGUUUCAUUUGUAUGAUAAUAUGUUGUACUAAAUGUUGUAUUUAUUGAAUAAAAUCAUUACAUAAUAAAA